AUGGCGGCCCUGACGUCCGCAGAGCUCGAUGCGCUUCCGCGCUCCGACGUGGAGACCCAGCAGGAGGAGGUGAUCGCCCAGCUCAUGGCACGUAUGAAGCCGGCGGGUGUCGACAUCAUUCGUUCCGUCCGCGCGUAUCAGGUUCUGCACCGAUUUGGAUACGUUCUUCGAGGUGGGAGGAGCUGCUACCACCUGAGCCACCCAACCGCCAGAAUUGACAGAUUCUGGAGCCACAGCUGGCACGGGAGCCAGUGGCAGAAGGUCGCCACAGCCCUCUUCUUGCACAACGCGCUUCCCGCCACGCUGAUCUCAACUGCCGGCGCAGCCACAGUUGCCAUCCUGUAUGGAGCAGGGCUCAUCGAGGGCAUGAACUAUUCAUGGAGGGAUUAUGACACCUACGAGUACCCGCGGAGCUAUUGGGCUCUGGUAGUGGGAUGUGCUCUCUACAUCCUCACGAUGGUUUUGUGGCGGCCACGUCAGUCUGUGUUUGUCGACAGGCUGUGCAUAGACCAAGGCAAUGCCCGGCAGAAGGUCCUAGGACUGUUUAGCAUGGGCGCUAUUCUCUCGUGCUCGGAUUCAAUCCUCGUGCUUUGGGACGAGACUUACAUGCAGCGACUGUGGUGUGUGUUUGAACUCAGCGGCUUUCUUCACAGCCGUCAAGGAGCUCGCCCCAAGAUGCUGAUUCUGCCUACAGUGCUGGGACCUUGCUGUAUGCUGCAGUCUCUGAGCCUCUUCGCCGUCACCGUCGCAAUUGGGGCCAUUCCUGACAGAAACAAAGCUUUCCUCUGGACGGCUCAGGCCGUACUUCUCUUCAUUGGCAUGUAUGUUGUGACGGCUGCAAUUCGGGACUACUUCCGCUCCAUAGCCACGCUGGAGCAGGACCUGCGCGACUUCACCAUCGACAACGCGACGUGCUUUUGCUGCCAGAAGAACCACCCAGGAGGUAUGACAUGCGACAGGGAUGUCUUGCUGAGGAGUAUCGCCGUUUGGUAUGGCACAGUGGAGGCAUUCGAGCGGCGUGUCCAAACAGAAGUUCGAAGCUGUCUCAUGCAGCAGCUGUCAAAACACUUUUUCAGCUACUGGCAGUGUGCUGCUACCCUGACUCCCAUUGCUUUGGCAUUCAUUGACACCACAUCUGCUGAGUGGCGGUAUCUCGAACGGUUCCACGAUGGCGUUGUUAGGGAGCUUCUUCGAGGUGUUGCAUGGUGGCUGGGCAUCGCGCCUUCCGUUCUCUUGCUGUCCAUGCGUGUGGCUCACGUCUUGCGUGCGAAACGGAGAUGCGACUGGCUGCAGAACGUCCUCGUCCUCGUCUGCAUAGUGGCCCUGUUUGUCACUGCUGUGCAGCUGGAACGAUACUGCUUCCUCGUGCUGGACAUACUCCCCAAGAAACAUCGGAACUUGUCAUACGGCAUGGCGCUCCAGGCACUGGUUUGGAUUCCCAUCGCUGCCCUUCUCUUCCGCUGCCUUGGCGUGCACCCUCGCUACAUGGGUAGCCCGAAGCCUGAGACGGCUGGGCUGCAGGAGACUUCGCCAGGGCACCUGACGACUGAGGAGUGCGGCACCGCGGAGGAAGACCUGCCCGAAGCAGAGCCUCCACCUGCCAGAGGAACGAUUGUUGGCCUGUAG